AUGCCGUCCGCAACGCUACCCACGCCUGACCAGCGAGCAGCGCAGUCGGCGCUUCUGCCCGUCGGGGCCGUGUGCGAAGUCAUCGACAGCAAGACCGGCGAGACAUAUGCAGCCACCGUGCUCUCACGUCGAACCGGCAGCUCCUCCACCCCACCAGCUGGUCGAGCCGAGACCGACAACGUCCAAUACUACAUCCACCGACAUGACCAAGACAAGCGCAUGGAUGGCUGGGUCGACCAUACUCAUCUUCGACCUAUUUCUACACCCUUAAACACAGACGUAAAGCUGAACACAGCUUUGCAUUCGAUCAAGGACCUCAACGGAUCAGGUCCGUCCAUCAACACACCUCCGCAUCUGAUCGAGAAGGGCAAGAGGAAAGCGGACGAUCUCACCCAUGAUGGAAGCGACGGCAGCCGCACCCCCUCGGGCAGCAGACAGGCUUCUCCCGCCCUACACGAUCGAGCCGCAGGCCGCGGAGCAAGGCACAAGACCCGCGCAUCGUCUCCAUCGGAUACUCCGGCAAUGAGGAACAUCGACCGUGUUCUGUACGGCAACUACGACAUCAAAACUUGGUACUACAGCCCUUUCCCGCUCGAUCAGGACGAGGAGGGAGCCGAGGGUUCAGCUGCUCAUUCAACGUCCUCGCAUGCGGCUGCAAGCCUCGCCAGUAGCAAGCGCAAUCAAUCGCCUGCAACGAAGCGCUUGCCUCGCAGGGACAGCGCAGGUAGCCUUGGUGGGGCGUUGUCUACGUCGGUUCGGGAUGCACCCGCGAUCAAGUCACUCGCAGCGAACGCGGCAUCGGAAGCGGUCUCAACGUCCGGAAGGCAUUCUCCCGCAUCGGCUUCGCCCAGCGUUGUCCGAGGAAGAAAAGAGCUGGUGCCCACCAAGAUGCUCUGGAUCUGUGAUGGAUGCUUCAAGUACAUGAAGACCUAUAAUGGCUUUGCAGCUCAUCGAAAGUUCUGCCGCAACACUCAUCCUCCUGGUCGCAAGGUCUACCAGCGCGGCGCUCACAUCAUUUGGGAAGUCGACGGUGCCGCCGAGAAGCUCUACUGCCAGAACCUGUCGCUCUUCGGCAAGCUCUUCAUCGAUCACAAGACCAUCUAUUUUGAUGUGGAACCCUUCAUGUUCUACGUGCUCACCGACGCCGCUAAUGCCUCGUUCGAUCAUCCGCUUGGAUUCUUCUCGAAGGAGAAGGUCUCCUACGAUGACUACAAUCUCGCCUGCAUCGUCACUUUCCCACCUUUCCAGCGCAAGAGCUUCGGUACGCUGAUGAUCGAAUUCUCCUAUUACCUCUCGGCAGCACAGGGGAUGCUCGGAACCCCAGAAAGACCCCUGUCGGAUCUAGGCUUCAAGGGCUACUUGUCAUUCUGGACAGCGGUGCUGCUCCGAGCUCUGCAUUGCUGCUUCGAUGGCCCGCUGCGACGAGUCAAUGGUACCAGCACGACGAGACAGCGUGGACCUUCGUCGCCUGUCAAGCCGGCCAUCGAUGCAAGCGUGCAAGACAGCAAGGUCAACGCAGAGGACGCACUUCGACGGUGGCACAUGCUCUCGCAACGCUGCAAGCUGCUCGGUGUGUCCUUGGAGUCCAUCUCGCAUCAGGCCGGAUUCGUAGAGUUGCAGCAAUUAGCGGCCGAGGCCGAUACUUCGGAUGCGAUCACGAAUCCAGGCCCAUCUGCAGGAUCGCACAGGCGAAAGCUGCGGCUCAAAGGGUGGGCCGGAAGCGUACCAAAUCGAUCGCCUCGUCAGCGCGGCGGGCAGAACGGCGUCUCCGAGAGCGCAGCCGAAGGGGAAGGAGCGACGAGGCGCUCUUCGAGAUCAGCAGCCAACGGAUCCGCUGCGUCCGCGGCCGGGCAAGAUGCGCCCGUUCAUCCAGCUUUGGAUCUCCAAAAGUUGCAAGAGGAGGAGGACGCGACGUGCACGAUCGCUGUAACGGUCGAUUCGCUGUCGCGACUCACACAUCUGCGCGCCGACGAUAUCGUCCUGGCACUGUCCGAGGCAGGCCUGCUCGACGCGCCCGACAUGCCCUUCUUGCAUGCUACGGAUGACGCUGUCCAGCUAAACGGCGCGAGCAAUCUCAACGGCAGUUCCGAAGCCAAGCCGGCGAACGGAGAGGCGGCAUCGAACAAUCAGAGCCUGGCACUGCUGCUCACCCGCGACGCAAUCCGUGAAGUCAUCGCCAGGUUCAACGUCCGUCCUGCUGUCCUCGACGAGUCGUACGCGCUUAUCUGA